ACCCAUCCUUUUUUCUUUUUAAUCGUCGUCAAGUUUAGCCCCGUCAACUCCGAAUCUACAUUCAAACCAAAAUCACGCUAAAACUGUUAUUUUACUGUUUCAUUUAUACUCAUAAACCGAUUAUAAAUAAGUCUGCCAUAGCCAUUUAGAUCCUGCAAUUGGAGUUCACAUGUUGAUGAUUUUGCUUUCAAAAGUCAGAAUUGAGAUUCUAUUAUGAUUAAAAAUUGUUUUUAAUUAAUUCCAAGACACUGUCAUAAACACAACUCCAAUAUCCCUGUUCCAUUCUACUUUAUAUAAACAAACUGAGGGGUUGGAACAGAGGUGAUACAGAACAAGCUGCAGGCCAAGCAAAUGAGACUUUCAAAUGCUACCCUUUGUUUGGUUUCCUUUAUUGUUUUCUCCUUUUUGCAGAGCCCCGCAUUUGCUGUCAAAAGGUCAUAUGUGGUAUACUUGGGAGGUCAUUCGCAUGGAGUCCAAUCGUCAUCGAUUGAUCUCGAUGCUGUGACGGAAUCUCACUACCAUUUUCUCGGAUCAUUCCUCGGCGGCCAUGAGCAUGCUCGAGAAGCUAUCUUUUACUCUUAUACAAGGCACAUCAAUGGUUUCGCUGCUCAUUUAGACGAUGAAGUAGCAGCUCAGAUCGCAAGGCAUCCCAAAGUAGUUUCACUGUUCUUGAACAAGGGAAGAAAGCUACACACAACGCGAUCCUGGGAUUUCCUUGGUUUGGAUCACAACGGUGUUGUUCCAUCCAACUCAAUCUGGAACAAAACCAGGUACGGUGAAGACACCAUCAUCGGAAACCUUGACACUGGUGUUUGGCCAGAAUCAAAAAGUUUCAGUGAUGAUGGGUAUGGACCGAUUCCUUCAAAGUGGAAGGGAAUUUGUCAAAAUCAGAAAGAUGCUGGAUUUCACUGCAACAGGAAGCUAAUUGGAGCGAGGUACUUCAACAAAGGCUAUGCAUCUGUUGUUGGCAAACUCAACUCGUCAUUCGAUACUCCACGCGAUAAAGAAGGUCAUGGAACACAUACCUUAUCGACUGCUGGGGGUAACAUGGUACCCAGGGCAAGUGUUUUCGGUUUUGGCAAAGGAACCGCAAAAGGUGGAUCCCCUAGAGCCAGAGUAGCAGCAUACAAGGUGUGCUGGCCACCGGUUUCAGGAAAUGAAUGCUUUGAUGCAGAUAUAUUGGCAGCUUUUGAUGUGGCCAUUCAGGAUGGUGUCGACGUGCUGUCAGUUUCACUGGGAGGAGAUCCUACUGCCUUUUUCAAUGACAGCGUUGCGAUCGGUUCUUUUCAUGCUAUCAAGCAUGGAAUUGUUGUGGUCUGCUCGGCUGGAAAUUCAGGACCUGCUGAUGGGACUGUCUCUAACAUUGCACCAUGGCAGAUAACAGUCGGAGCCAGCACAAUGGAUAGGGAGUUUCGUAGUGUUGUUGUCCUUGGCAACAAUAUGCACUACAAGGGACAAAGUUUAUCAUCUAAAGUUUUGCCAGACAAGAAGUUCUUCCCUCUUUUAAGUGCAGCGGAUGCUAAGUUGGCGAAUGCAUCCAUUCAAAAUGCAACAUUAUGCCAGGCUGGUGCCCUUGAUCCUAAAAAGGUGACUGGAAAGAUCUUGGUUUGUCUUCGAGGGAAGAAUGCGAGGGUGGACAAGGGUCAGCAAGCAGCUCUGGCUGGCGCUGUUGGCAUGAUUCUUGCGAAUGACUUUCUCACAGGGAAUGAAAUUAUUGCCGAUGCUCAUCUCCUCCCGGCUUCACAUAUCAAUUACACCGAUGGUCUUGCUGUUUUCGCUUACAUUAAUUCAACAAAGAAUCCCAUGGCUCGUAUUAUGCCCGUGACCACCCUAAUUGGCACAAAGCCAGCCCCCUUCAUGGCAGCAUUUUCAUCAAAGGGACCUAAUACCAUCACACCUGAGAUCCUCAAGCCUGAUAUCACUGCACCAGGAGUGAGUGUAAUAGCUGCCUAUACAGAAGCAGAAGGGCCAACAAAUGAAGAUUUCGACAAGCGCCGAGUUCAGUUUAACUCAGUAUCAGGCACUUCGAUGUCAUGUCCUCAUGUUUCAGGCAUUGUUGGCCUUCUUAAAACCCGAUAUCCUAAUUGGAGCCCUGCAGCAAUCAAAUCAGCUAUUAUGACCAGUGCAACCACACUGGAUAACGCAAACGAGAGGAUUCUAAAUGCAUCAUACAUCAAAGCCGGACCGUUCAGCUAUGGAUCGGGACAUAUACAACCAAACCUUGCUGUGGAUCCGGGACUUGUUUAUGACUUAUCCACUAAGGAUUACCUAAACUUUCUAUGCACAUUGGGGUACAACGACACACUAAUAUCAGCAUUCUCGCAGGACAACUACAAGUGCCCCGGUUCGAUCAAUCUUGCCAACUUCAACUACCCUUCAAUCACUAUCCCUAACCUUGUUGGAUCCAUUACAGUGACUAGGACUGUUAAAAAUGUAGGAACACCAGGCACUUACAGAGCUCAAGUGCAGAAACCAGUCGGAAUUUCGGUUAAGGUUAAGCCGAAAAAGUUGAAGUUCAAAAAGGUUGGCGAAGAGAAGACCUUCAUAGUUAGCCUGAAGGUUAAAAAAGGCGAAGCAAUUAAGGAAUACGUAUAUGGGCAGCUGGUAUGGUCAGAUCAUGUACACUAUGUUAGGAGUCCUAUAGUAGUGAAGGCAGUCUAAAAGUAUAAAAGCUGUCAAAAAAAAAAAAAAAAACAGGCUUGGGUUAGCAUUAAGUUUUUAAUCCCUGGAUUUAACCCAUUGGUUGCUACCUCUUAUUUGCUUUAGGCAUGGCCUUCAAUGUGUUCUAUAUUAUUCUUCAAGGCCAAACAAUAAAUGAUUGAAAUCCAGUUAGAUGAAUCAGACCUUUUCCAUC